AUGUCCGAUCUUAGGACAGGCUUUGCGCGUGAAGACCGAUAUCGCUCGACCGAUACGCUGGCUGCUGUUGGGUUCCCCAGAGACUCCGCAGAGUCAUGGCAUUCUUUUGAAGACACAAAUAUGGCGGCUACUUCUGGAACAGGAUCCCUCCCUGGCCCGGACGCCAGUGAAAUUGAAAGAAAGGACGAUGUCUCGCUCACCCAGCGGAUGGUUUCCGCCACCUCGGGCAGUAUCCUCACGAACCUGCUAGUGACCCCGCUCGAUGUUGUGCGCGUUCGUCUUCAGUCGCAGUCACCGAUCAAAAACACAUCCCCCUUCGCCUCCCAUGCCCUCCAACCGUUGAAGAACAUGCCUCCGAACCUGGGGGUAACCGCCUGUUGCCGGGAAGUAUUUUGGAUUGGACAAAAUUCGCAAAUAUGUAUGGCUGGACCUAGCCCGGGGGCUAUCAACGCCCAUUCGGCCUCGAUGGCGGAUUGCGCCGUGGAGGAAUCUCAGCGCAAAACGUUCACCUCUACUUUAGACGGAUUGCGAAAGAUCGCUCGCAAUGAAGGAGUAUGGACACUUUGGCGUGGUCUGAGUCCGACCAUGAUGAUGAGUAUUCCGGCGAAUAUCAUAUAUUUUGCUGGUUACGACUGGUUGCGAUCGGAUGACCGAAGUCCCAUUAAACGAUUCCUUCCGGACGCCUAUGUUGCAUUUGUUGCAGGGUCAACGGCUCGCAUUGCUGCGGCUUCUGUUAUCAGUCCAAUCGAAAUGUUCCGAACGCGGCUGCAGGCUACUCCCGGUACUGGCACCGACCAUUUCAAGAACACUCUCACGGAUUUACACCAAAUGACUCAGGUCCAUGGCUACGGCUCUCUUUGGCGAGGAUUGACACUGACCAUGUGGCGUGAUGUCCCUUUCUCUGGCCUGUAUUGGUGGGGAUAUGAGGAAGUGAAGAAACAUCUUAUGGAGGCUCGCAAAAAGUUGCACGAGCGUCCUUCGUCGGACGUGUCGACACUGAGCCGGUCUUCAUCACAUGAUGCAGAGGGGCCUACCUUUUUCGAGAGCUUCUUUGCGGGUGCUACCUCGGGAUCAAUCGCGGCGUUCGUUACCACGCCAUUCGACGUGGGUAAAACGCGCCAGCAGGUAUUCCGACACAUGGGCGACGAUGUACCUGCUUCCGCUGGAGGCGCUGCACAGAAAUCCUUGCGGCCGGAGCAACUUUCAUUACCAAAAUUUCUCUUACACAUCUUCCGAGAGGAAGGUACAUCUGGACUCUUCCGUGGCUGGGUCGCUCGUUGCCUGAAAGUGGCCCCUGCCUGUGCCAUUAUGAUCUCAAUAUAUGAACUUGGAAAGAGAAUGGCACGGGGUGUCAACGAGAAACGGGACACCCCCGAUGCAGAACACGGGUCUUCGUGA